UUUAGAUCUCUACAUGGGCCGUUGUGUCGAUUCUGCUUUCGAUCUAGGAGCUUCGGCCCAUCUCAAUUUCAACCGUCCAAGCUACAAUCCGACGGCGGAUGCUGACGGGAAGAGCAGCCUUAAACCCUUCUCCUUCCUUUCGUCUUCCUCCUCCGCGCAACGCCACCACCCCCUCCCCACCGUCGACGCCAUGGGCCUCCUCCUCAAGAAUUCCCUCCUACUCCAGGGGCGGUUGCGCCAUGUGGCGGCGGCGGCGUUCACGGCGCGGCGCGGCGCGGCGACAUCGACGGAAGAGUACAGGCGCCGGAACUACGCCGACAACACCUCCGAGUACAACACCGUCAUCGGGUCCCUUGUCGCCCAGCGCAGGCCCUACCUUUUGCGUGAUGCUUAUGAUGACAUGAUACUUGACGGGGUGCAGCCCGUGCGUGACACAUUCCACACACUCAUAGUUGGUACCAUGAAAGGCAGCCGGCUACAGGAUGCACUCUACUUCCGUGAUCAGAUGAAAGAAAUGGGCUUGCAGCCUGAUGUUAACCUGUACAACUUCUUGAUCUCCACUUGUGGAAAAUGCAAGAAUUCAGAUGCAGCCAUCAUGCUUUUAGAAGAAAUGAAGGCGCAUGGCGUUAAGUUGAAAGGAGAAACCUACAUUUGUCUAUUGAAUGCACUUGCAGCAACUGGGCGUACUGAUCAAGUGUAUGCCAUAGUUAGUGAUAUGAGUGCCGCUGGCCUUGGAUUAAACAAGUUUUGUUAUGCUGGACUGAUAACUGCAUUCAAGAACAAGACACCAACCACAGAAGAGACUAUGGCAAAGAUUCUUGACUUUGUCGAGCAGUCCAAAGGUUGGCAAUAUGUUGAAAGAGUAUCGAAGGACAGUGCUGAGAAUAUAAUGAUGAAUGUGUCAGAGGAAGAGCUGUACAACCUACCAACAGCAGAAUAUGUAAAUAGACGGGGAGGAUUUGUCUUUAAACAGUUUACAGUUUAUCAUGUUGCUAUCCAUGCUUGUGCAGAAUUGCGGAGCAAAGAGACACUUGAAGCACUUCUUGACAUGUUCAGUAAAGAUAAUAGAGAUGGAUCUACUUAUGAUGCCUUCAUUGUGAUGCAAGCUAUGAGGUGUUAUCUACGAUGUGGAGAUAUUGAUUCUGCUGUUAAGAUGUUUGAAGAGUACUCAAGCUCAAGAUCCCCACCUGCAGAGUUGUAUGUGACACUUGCUGAGGGAGCUAUGAUUGGGCAUACUCCAAAAGGAAUGCAACUUGCUCAAGAAACCAUAGAGAAAAUGAUUUCAAGAAAUUUCUUCUUGAACUCCAGGAUGGGAACUGAUCUCCUACUUGCAGCUGCUGGUGAAAGGACUGGUGGAUAUACGACUGCAAAUUAUGUCUGGGAUCUCCUGGAAAGCCGUAAUAUUACUCCAUCACUUCCUGCUGUUGAAGUAUACCACAAGGGUCUUAAGGGACGGGAAAUUCCUUCUGAUGAUCCACGGCUUCUCAAAGUUACACGUGUUUUGGACAAUCUGAGCCUCCGAUUUGGACCAAGAAGAAAUACUCAGUAACACAGAAAUGAUGCUCUUGUCCCUGAGUCGAUGCAAGUUGGAAUUUUUAUUAUUGAGGCUUCUGGAUACAAACAUAUGUUUACACUCCAGAAAUCCGAGGAGCUCUGUUAGGAUGACACAAAGCAAGAGAAAACCAUCAGGCAUGACUACUUAUGUUUAGGGCUAGACGGGAACGGCAGGUGUGAAAGUGAACGACCUGGAAUUGAAAUCGAUCGUUUUCAGGGUUUAUCGAGACAUUUUCACCUACCAAGCCUGAACUCUAAAUCUCAGGGUUUUUUUUCUUCUUAAUUUUCAUCUGCCCUUGUUGCCAGAAGAUCAUUUAUGGAAGUUUGGAUUUGAAGAGUUUGGAUUGUGACCCAUUUUAGCUAUUUGAUGGAUGUUUAUUAGGAUCUCUUCUGUGACUGAGAAGGAUCUGUUUCUGGGAGGCUUCUUGUGGCUGAGUCACUUAAGUUAUAUGUACUUAGGCUAUCUCUAAUAGAUACUUUAAAAAUUUA